AUGCAAGUGAAACAAGUUCUAGCUAAUGGUAAAAAGGGAACUUUGAAUGUGGGAGUUGUUCUUAUUUUACCGGAAGGUUUUGAAUUGGCACCCCCCGAUCGUAUUUCGCCUGAGAUUAAAGAGAAGAUAGGCAAUCUGUCUUUUCAAAACUAUCGCCCUACAAAAAAAAAUAUUCUUGUGGUAGGUCCUGUUCCUGGCGGAAACAGGGGAAGGGGUCAGAUUUAUCUUGACGGGAGCAAAAGUAAUAAUAAUGUUUAUAAUGCUACAGCAGCAGGACCAGAACUUCUUGUUUCAGAAGGUGAAUCUAUCAAACUUGAUCAGCCAUUAACAAGUAAUCCUAAUGUGGGUGGAUUUGGUCAGGGGGAUGCGGAAAUAGUACUUCAAGAUCCAUUACGUGUCCAAGGAGGAUUUGAAAUGCGAGAUCUAAAAACAUAUCUUUCCGUGGCACCAGUAGUAAGUACUUUAUGGUUCGGGGCUUUGGCAGACUACCCCGGCGUGCGAACCAUUCCUUUUGCAGCAACCGAACCAUCCUUCACGCAGGUCAGGGCAGUGGCUAUGUUGGAAGCUGUGCAGGAGAUUGCCAUUUACAUUCAUAGGUUUCACAAUCUUGACCUUUUUCAGCAGGGAUGGUAUCAGAUUAAAAUUACUAUGAGAUGGGAGGAUGAUGAAGAUGUAUCUUUUGGAAUCCCAGCUAGAGUUGUUCAAUAUGAAGCUCAUGAUCUGCGUCCUAACAAUAUAUAUGGUAUUUGGAGGAUUGAUGAUACCGACAACAGUUUCUCAACACAACCCUUUCGGAUAAAAUAUGCUAGGCAGGACAUUCAUUUAUGUAUGAUGAUCUCAUUCAACUUACCUCUUUGUAGAUUUAAGGUUUUACCUACUACAGCUGUAAUUUUAAAGUUUGAGCUUAUGUAUGCUCCCACAUUCGAAAAUGGGGCUGACUUGCAAGCUUCUCUGGACGCUUACCCAGCUGCUGUCCAUGAAUUUCGAAUUCCUCCUAAAGCUCUUCUAGGAUUGCAUUCAUAUUGUCCUGUACAUUUUGAUGCUUUACAUGCUGUGCUGGUUGAUGUCAGUGUACAUGUAACUUUACUGAAAGCUGCCUCUCACCAAUCCGCAUCGAAGGUACCCAGCUUUUUUCGCAAUGCUGAAUCUGUUGCUUAUAGAAGUGUCGAGUCACUGAACCAAGGCUUGGGUGGCGAUGCCUCAGUAAAGUUGAAAAAUGUCAUGCUUAUUAAAGCAUUAUUAAAAGCUCAUGAUUUAUUAAUUGAAGAACUACAAAAACUUAGCAAAGCAGUUGGUCAAGCUAUUGAUAUUUCAGAGUUUCCGUCAAAAAGGAACAGUAUGAAAUUAAUAAAUUCUAUUCCGCAAGCUAAUCAGUUUACGGCUGAAGUUGAAAUUUCAUGUCUACAGCCACAAAAUGGUCUCGAGGGAGUAAAUCAAGUUCUAGCUUUCGAGAAUGCUGAAAAGCUUCGUACCUUGUCAAAGAUAGAGCUGUUGAACUGUUAUCAUUCAGUGGGAAAUCAAUUGUUGUAUUUAUGGAACAUAUUUCUGAAGUUCCACAGGGAUAACAAAACAAAGAUUCUAGAAAUCUUGCGUGAUACAUGGGCUAAGGAUCGAAAAGCUGAAUGGUCAAUAUGGAUGGUGUACUCUAAGGUUGAGAUGCCGCAUCAUUAUAUAAAUAGUGAGUUUGAUGAGUAUUCCCAUCGCGCAGUACACAGAAGAGUCUCCAGUUUGUGGAAGCUACCUGAUGAGCCUCAUCAGACUGCUGCUACCAGGGCUGAACUUCAUCGAAGAAGCAUUUCACAGAUGAGGAUUAACAACCGGUCAAUUCAAGACAUGCACAUAUUUGGAGAUCCUUCACACAUACCAAUUGUGAUUGUUGAACGUGUGAUGAAUGCCCCUCGUCGGACUAUCAGUAAUAAUUCAUACUUGACAAAUGUAGGACUUGUUAACUCACAUAGCUUUCAAACUGGACUCAACUUGGAUUCUGCUGACAAGAUAUCUGCUUCACAAAGUAGUUCUCGUGUGUUGAAGAUUGUUGUCUUUGUGCAUGGGUUUCAGGGGCAUCAUUUGGAUCUACGGCUUAUUCGAAAUCAAUGGCUUUUGUUAGACCCCAAGGUAGAAUUUCUUAUGUCAGAGACUAAUGAGGAUAAAACUUCAGGAGACUUCAGAGAAAUGGGUCAGCGGCUAGCUAAGGAAGUUGUUUCUUUUGUUAAAAAGAAAAUGGAUAAAGCUGCAAAAUAUGGGAAUUUAGGAGAUAUUAAACUAAGUUUUGUUGGACAUUCUAUUGGUAACCUCAUUAUAAGAACAGCACUAGCAGAGAGCAAGAUGGAGCCAUUUCUCAGAUAUCUACAUACAUAUGUCUCAGUAUCUGGUCCACACUUGGGGUAUCUUUACAGUUCAAACUCUUUGUUUAAUUCUGGAUUGUGGCUUUUGAAGAAACUGAAAGGCACACAGUGUAUUCAUCAACUAACCUUCACAGAUGAUCAGGAUAUUCAAAAUACAUUCCUCUAUAAACUAUGUAAGAAAAAGACCUUCGAUCAUUUUAGGCAUAUAAUCUUGCUAUCUUCCCCUCAGGAUGGUUAUGUGCCUUAUCAUUCUGCUAGAAUUGAGUCAUGCUUGGCUGCUUCACAUGACUAUUCAAAGAAGGGUAGAGUGUUCCUAGAGAUGCUUAAUGAUUGUUUGGACCAAAUUCGUGCCAAUCCCUCCGAAUGCCGGGUUUUCAUGCGUUGUGAUGUCAAUUUCGAUGCUACUUCCUACGGCAAGAAUUUUAACUCAUUAAUUGGAAGGGCUGCUCAUAUUGAGUUUCUGGAGUCUGACAUUUUUGCAAGGUUCAUAAUGUGGUCAUUUCCGGAGUUAUUUCAGUAG